AUGCCGCGGGUCGCCGCGGGACCUCCACGCCGGCGGGCCUCGUACGAGGGAGAAGGCGCGGCGGGUCGUCCUGGAAGCUCAGAACCUAUCUAUGUACCGUUUCUCAUCGUUGGAUCCAUCUUCAUUGCUUUCAUUUUCGUGGGCUCCUUCAUUGCUGUUUAUUGUUGUACCUGCCUGAGGCCUAAGCCAACCCUGCAGCCGCCGAUAAGGUUCUCUCUACGGAGCUACCAGAUGGAGACUUUACCCAUGAUCCUGAGCUCAUCGAGUUUACGGGUUCCCUCAAGGCAAUCCAGUCCAGCGAGCAGCUCCAGCUGUCCGGCUGACUACCUCUGCCACUUCUCCCUUGUCAAGCCCGAACCUGGAAGCCUGGAGCUGACUUCACCGCCACCAUACACAGCAGGUUGCUUACCAAUGGGCCAUUCCCUCAACCUCUCUCAGUCAUCUGGAUUUUUGGUGUCAGCCACACCAUAACAACGCAUCCCCUUUGACCCGGAGCUGUCUCUAAGUGGGAACUGGGUUCCAGAUUUAAGGCAGAGUCGAAGAGGUUCUGUUGUUUGAGGAUGAUGAUGUGUUUACAAAGAAGCACAACUAACCACCUGCACUGUGUGGGUUUCACUGAUGUUUUGUCUGGUUUUGGGAUUGAAAACUAUGUGAAUGGUGAGUUGCUCUUUUCAAAGUCCACAUUUUUGGGUGGGCGGGGACUGUUUUAGUUUCAAAUAUCUCUGUUUCAUUCAUAGCUGAAUGCUCAUUUCAGAGCGGCAGCAAUAUUGCUUUCAAAAUUGCUCAUCUGACUACUGUGAUUUUAUGUUGGGUGUCCAAAGCCUUCAGCUAUGCUUCUGAUGGGAGCACUGCUCCUGUACACGUAACUACGUAAGAUAGAUAAAUCUAUAAUGAAGGCAGCAUUCCUAUACCAGCUUACCUGGAAGUAAGCCGCAUUGAACACAUUGGAACUUACUUCUGAGUAGACAUGACUAAGAUUGCAAUUUGAGUAACCGUGAUGGAGAGUUGUCAGGGAUGAUCACGUCCUGGACUUCUUUUUUGUGUCCUUCAUGGCCCACUUCCAAUUGUCAAAAAUCAGUGAUAUUUUUUUCCUGCUAUUUUGCAAUGGCAAUUUGCUUCUCAACACUUUCCAUUCAAAAAUAGGCUUCAUGUAGUUAUAAACAAAGGGGAAAACCCAGGGAACUACAGAAGAGGUUCCUCCUGCCAGUGUGUACAACAGUCUCCGCCUAUUGUGCGUGAUGGCCCAACAUGCAUUAUGGACUUUUCCUUUACAAUGCUAGGUCUCCAAGUCGAACUCAUCUCCUAGUGGCUUCAUGGGUGCAUCUGUGUAAGUUUCUUGGCAAUAAUAUGGACAUGCCAGUGCCUUUUUUGAGAUGUAUUUUGACUUCACAGUCUCCUCUGCAGCCCUGAAAUUUUCUGGCGGUUUCCAUCCAAAUGCUAACCAGGACUGAUCCCGCUUAGCUUUUUGAGAUCAGCCAAGUUGCUUUCACUUAGUUGGGUACUGAAAGGAUUCCCAUUCCUGAUUUAGAUGGUUAGCAUUAUUGAUCAUUUCAGUGGGAACUUAAAAUCAUGCUUAUCUUCCUCCUGGAAGUGGGAUACCUAUGGGUUAAUCCUUGCCCAUUUCCCCCCCCAAUUAACUUUAAUAAUAUUUUUAAAGUGCAGUAUAUUAUUUUUACCAGAAGUUUAAUCACUUAUUAUAAAGAGAAGAAUUUUAUAAGUAGUUAGUGUAUUAUUCUGACACUAAAGCAAGCAAGUUAUAAAAUGAGAGUGAUUAAUAAUAAUGAUUAAGAUAUUUAAU